GCCCAUACUAGCAAAGUGAUGGGAUGUGUAAACAGAAAUGGAGCUUCAUGAUUGGUCAAUUUGAGUGGCUUGCACGUGAUGCGGAGCUUUUGCUUCCUCAGGCAGUAAAUGCUUUCCCACCGCACUCCGUUUGUGCUAAUGAGUCUCCUGCGAUAACACAAGAUACUCUUGCUGGACUAAUUUAACCAAUGUGCAUAUGACAAUCCUCGCAAUCCUCGCAGUCCUACGAUCCUCCAUCGAAUUUCACCUCUAAUCACUCUCCCCUCGUCCGUGUCGCGUCCCUUUUUCUCUCGAUUUCCAACGAAGCCAAGUCAAAAUGAAUGCGCAUAUGCAAUCGUCCUUAUCAAGCCUCGAAAGCAAAUUGAACCUCCUUAUCACCAGCCUUACAACCUCCCCAACCGCCGCAGGUGCACCAGCCGCAGCAAGCGCCGUUCUGGACGCGGAUGACUCGUUGACAUCGGCCGUUGAGACCCUUCGACAACACCAAGAGAACUAUGCCAAAAUCCUACGGCUCCGCGCGGAAGCUGAGAAACUAGAGGAAAGAGUAAAGGGUAUCGUCAGUGAUGUGGAAACUCGCGAGAAGGAGAUUCGAACGAUUUGCGGCGACGCGGAAAAUGAUACCGACUCAGAAGCCGAUGAUGAUAGCUCCGAUUACGACUCCGAUGAAGACGUGGACAUGUCCAAGUCGCGAUCAAAAAUAAAGACGGACAAAGAGGUGGAUUAUAAGCUACUGCUCGAUUUCGCCCGGCGUAUCAGCAAGUAUAACCACCAGGCUGCGGCGGAUGCAGCAGCAGGAACACCAGCGGCACAGAAGUUGAAGGACAAACGCCAGCAACUAACUGAACAGGAUGUCGCGAUGACAGGCAUCAAUGGUGCUACAGAGACAGAAAAAGGGGCCGAACCGGUCUCAUCGGUAACAAAGGAGGCAACAUCUUGGUUGGAUGAGUCCGCAAACAUGACGCGAGAAAUCUACAUGCUACCAUAUCCGGCUGAGGAUCGAAUCCGCAUGGGUCUCAUGGGCCAGGUACAACUCGCGGCUGCUGAGGGUCGCCCAGGAUUUGAUUCCGAUAACGAGGUGGAACGACUGAUACGUGAAGCGGAGGGACAGGGAGCUGCGGAAGCUAUCGAACCAGCACAGCAGCAAGAUGAGCCUCAUCGGGUAGAUGAGGCUGCUCAGGCUGCUGCUCAGGCUGGGUCUGUUGCAACCAGUGGUGCGACAAGUGGACCCCCACCUGCCCCGAAACCGAAAGCUACGCUUGAUCUUGAUCUUUAUGAUCCAGAGGACGACGAGAUGUGAUCACAGAAAUAUAUCAUCUUUGUAUUAUACCCAUGAUUUUAUACUUAAAGGCGCUUUAGCGAUUGCAUAAUAGUCUAUCCUGACUCAUUCUCAUCUACAGCACCAGUUAUAUUUAUCAUGACUAAAUCUGGCAAUCUAUCUAUUUCAGAUGGUUUUUGAUGAGCCU